UUCCGCAGCGAACGAGCACUGCAAUUUGCGGGUUCCGUUAGCAGCAAAAAUGCUCAAUAUGCUAAAAUUAAGCCUGUAUUGUGUCCUUUUGGAAAAUGAGUACACAUAGUUUUGCCCGACUGAUACACAAGACGCAUGAUCGGUAACAAGAAUUUACAGUGAGCCCACUUGGUAGGAAUAAUAUCAACACUUUAACUUCAAGCACAGGAUGAGUUUUUUAAACGGCCAAUUACUCACUGUAACUCCGGUUCGCUGGAGUUAUAGACCAAGGCAUGCACAAGUUUGUGAAUACGAAACAGCGCCUAUGGACGUACAAAAUAAGUAAGCCAGUACGCAUCCGCUGCCAGAACAAUCAAGUGCGUUUUAUAACGGCGGAGCACGUUGUUUACAACAGAACCUUUGUGUACAACGGAAGAAGGGAAAGCAUUGUCCUACAGGGGCAAUUUCACACACAACACAGGAAUUGGAUGGAUGUGAGCAAUGCAGAUUUGGAACCGAUAUUUCUCUGCAGAGAAACAUUGAUAUAUAUGACUAAUAAUGCAUCAUGUGGCGUCGUGAAGAUCGACCCAGCAGGAAAUGGAACAACCUAUUAUGAGCUCCGUGUCCAGAAUGCUUACGUUUCAACCGUCCCUGACCGACGCUGUGGGAGGCACUUCAAUCGUGCCGCUGGUACUGGUAUAUUUACUUACAGUCCAGAGUGUCAGCACCUAAUUAGGCCACGCAAGUGAAUGCAUAACAACGUCAUCCGGCCAGCACCCUACUGACUAGUUACAUCUUUUUCUGACUAACAACAAUUAUAGUGCCAUCUUCUUUUGUUUUUCAUACGUUGGUUUCAUACAAUAAAAUUAAAAA